GCCAUCUCGCAGUUUCAUAACUUCUGUCUGCUGAUUCUAACGACAGUGGUUAGUUAGCUUAGCGCAGCUAGCCGGCUAAGAGCAGCUUGAACCGAACUUCACCAAUAACGUGCGACUUUUCAGAGACGUGAAGUUCCUGUCGCGUGAAGAGAAGGUGGUGUCGUCAGGCUUCGUGUCGCUGUGACACGUGCCACUCAAACAUUUGAACCAGACAGAGUUUUGGAGGCGGCUGCCAUGGAGCCAGCCUGGCGCCAGCAGGGCAGGGGGCGUGGCCGGAGUCAGGAGGGUCAGGGUGAAAGGUCACGACCCCCGCUGAGGGACAGAGACCGGCUGGGAGGAAGAGGAGAAGGAGGGACGACGACGGCGUCUGCCGCAGCACCUGAACCUCAGCGCGGGUCGACAUGCGUGUCGGUCCAGUCCAAGUUCGACGAGAUCAGGAAGUCCAACCAGGCUGCCGCUCAGCGACUGGUGGAGAGCCGGAUCAGCUCCUCUUCCUCUGAUGAUGAUGAUGGAGACGGUGACCAUGAGGAUGGAAAGAGAGGAAAGAUCCUGUCGUCCACCUUCACCAGCUACACUGACCAGACAGGUGGUGACGUCACAGGUCUGGUCAGAACUGGUCAGUAUGUCAGUGAUCUGUUUCAGUCCGGAGCUCUGACAUGUCUGAUCUGCAUCGCCUCCGUCAAGAGGACUCAGGCGGUGUGGAGCUGCUCCAGCUGCUUCUCUCUCUUCCACCUGCCCUGCAUUCAGAAAUGGGCCAGAGACUCGGCCUUCCUGGUCUCGUCCGUCACCGAUGAAGACUUCGGUCAGAAGCAGCAUCCCUGGCCCUGCCCAAAGUGUCGAGCAGAGUAUCCACCAGGUGCGACGCCCAACAGGUACAUGUGUUUCUGUGGAAAGCUGCAGGAUCCUCCUGCUGACCCCUGGUUGGCUCCUCACUCCUGCGGCUCUGUCUGUCAGAAGGAGCUCAAACCCACCUGUGGGCACACCUGUCUGCUGCUCUGUCACCCUGGUCCCUGUCCUCCAUGUCCAAAGAUGGUGUCCGUCUCCUGCAUGUGUGGCAAAGCUAAGCCCCUCCCUCGUCGCUGUAGCAACAAGGCCUGGUCGUGUCAGCAGCAGUGCAACAAGUUGUUACCCUGCAAACAGCACACCUGUACGCAGCCCUGUCACACAGAGUGCUCUCCCUGUCCCAGGGUCAGUGUUCAGAAGUGUGUGUGUGGUCGACAUGCGGCAGAGAGACCGUGUGCCAGCCCUCGCUGGACCUGCCAGCAGGUGUGUGGCUCUCUGCUCUCCUGUGGGAAUCACACCUGUGAGGUUUUGUGUCACGAUGGAGAUUGUCCUCCGUGUCCUCGCUCUGUCAGCAGAUCCUGUCCCUGUGGCAAGACAAAGUCGUCUCUGCCGUGCACAGAGGAAGUGUUGCCGUGCGGUGACACGUGCGACCGCCGCUUGUCAUGUGGAAAACACACCUGUUCAAUGAGGUGUCACCGCGGGAGCUGUGAGACCUGCAGACAGGAGGUGGAAAAGGAGUGCAGGUGUGGUAAAUACAGGAAGUUGAUGCCGUGUCAUAAAGAAUACCUGUGUGACUCCAAGUGUCCAAAAACCAGAAGCUGCCAGAGACAUCAGUGCAGGAGGAAGUGUUGCCCUGGCAACUGCCCUCCAUGUGACCAGAGCUGCGGUCGAACUCUGGGGUGUCGCAACCACAAGUGUCCCUCUGUCUGUCACCAAGGUAGCUGUUACCCGUGCCCGGAGUCGGUGGAGGUCAGAUGUACGUGUGGCUCCAGCGUCCUGGUUGUCCCUUGUGGGCGAGAACGGAGUACCAGACCGCCUCGCUGCAAAGAGACGUGCAGGUGUCCUUCGUCCUGCCACCACCCCACCAGGGAGAGCCACCGGUGCCACCCCGGGCCCUGCCCCCCCUGCAGACAGCUCUGCCUGCUGCCACUGCCCGGCUGCAGCCACACCUGCCCGCGGCCCUGCCACGACCUGGUGCUGGUCAAGUCCCAGCAGGUGCAGUUGGCUGGACCGUGGGAGCAGCCGUCUGAGCCCGCAUUUGUGAAGAAAGCUCUGCCCUGUCCGCCAUGUCAAGUCCCGAUCCCAACGACCUGUUUUGGAGAACACGAGGUCAGCGCGGUGCCGUGUCACUGUCGGGGUCGGUUCUCCUGCAGACGACCUUGUGGACGUCCUCUGACCUGCGGAAACCACAGCUGCGGCAGGGAGUGUCACCUGGUUACCGACGGCGACAAGUGCGAGGUGUGUGAGGAGGGCUGCUCUAAGCCCCGCCCCCCCGGCUGCCCCCACACCUGCCCCCGCCCCUGUCACCCCGCCGACUGCCCCCCCUGCAGCCAGAUGAUCCGCCAACGCUGCCACUGCAAGAUGAGCCUCGUGUACACGGAGUGCACGAAGCUGACAUCAGCUGAUGAAGACACGAAGGUGAAGCUGGGCUCCUGCAACAAUCAGUGUCCUAAAGAGCUGAGCUGUGGUCAUCGCUGUAAGCAGGUGUGUCAUCCUGGAGUGUGUGAGGAGAAAUGUCAGCAGAAGGUGAAGGUCCGCUGUCCCUGCAAGAGGAUCAAGAAGGAGUUUCCGUGCUCCCUGUCAGAUCAGUGUGUGCAGUGUGAUGCUGCCUGCAGAGACCAGCAGAGGAAAGUCAGCCAGCUGAAGGAGGCGGAGCAGCGAGCGGCUCAGGAGGAGGAGCAGAGGAGACUCCAGGAGGAGCUGGAGGCCUUCGAGAAGCGCCAGCAGCGAGGAGGUCGCAGGAGUAAGAAGCGAGGGAGGAGGGAGGAGGUGGCCGAGGAGGGAGGCGGGGCGUGGUGGAGGAGGUGCGCCGCCUUCGUCCUGGUCCCGCUGGGUGGAGCUCUGCUGUCGGCCGCCGCCUACUACCUGCUGAGCUCCCCCUGAGCCCGCAGGCGUGUGGCGUGAUGAUGUAACCCGACGGUUUUCUGUUCCCUCUGAUGAUAAAUGAGAUGAAUGAUCAUGUUUGAAGGCUGACUGCACUGAGCUGUUGUGCCGAGGCCUCAGAUUUCCUACGUUCGUGAACACAGCAGUCAGUUGAGUUUGUUCCUGAAUGUGACAAAUCAAACCAAUCAGAUGAAUUGUUGUUUCUGUGUGGAGUCGCAGACUGGUGGGAAAUAAACAUGUUGUCUCAGA